AUGGGGCAGGGCAAGAGAAGUAAAAGACCACAGCUAGGCCCAUGGGAUGGAGGUGGAAAACACAGAGGAAGUCUUUUUGGAUUUGCACAUCAUGUACACAACGAUUCAUCCCUGUCCAAAACUCUUGGAGUCUGGUAUCCUGUUGUUCCUAAUUUUCCUGCACUUGGUAAUGUACCUUCAGUUCCCCCUGAAGCGACCCUGUCUCUGAGCAGGAAUAGAACUGCAGUGUGCAAGGCAGUAGCAAGGAAGCCAGCUGCACAGAUCUCCUGGACCCCAGAGGGGGUUGAUUGUGUCACUGAGCAAGAAUAUUGGGGCAAUGGCACAGUGACUGUCCAGACAUCUGGAGAAAGUAGUAUGAUCGAACCAGCUCGUGUGAAAUGCUCACAUUGGGCCCAUCUCCCUGGCUGGGGGAUGGAGAGGGGUGGAGGCAGGAUCACCUUGUACAAAAUAGUUGACAAAAUAAGGUGUUUCAUGAAUGAAAAAUCAUUGAUUAACAACUUAUUUUCUUUUAUCGUUCUCCUUUUGUGUGUGUGUCCAGUUAACACUUCACUGUCUGUGGUGAUGGACACCAACGCUGUGCUCCACUGUCCUCGUACACUGACAAGAGUGGUGCUAACAAGAUGGGAAAUAAUCCUCAGGGACAAGCCUUCCUGCACAAAAGCUCACAGGAGCGACACAAAUGAGACCAAGGAGAUCAACUGUACUGAUGACAGAAUAACCUGGGCCUCCAGACCCAGUCAGAAUCCUGACCUUCAAAUUGCUCCAGUGGCCAUCACUCAUGAUGGGUAUUACAGGUGUGUGAUGGUGACACCUGAUGGGAAUUUCAAUCAUAAUUAUCACCUCCAAGUGUUAGUUCCCCCUGAAGCGACCCUGUCUCUAAGCAGGAAUAGAACUGCGGUGUGCAAGGCAGUGGCGGGGAAGCCAGCUGCACAGAUCUCCUGGACCCCAGAGGGGGAUGACUGUGUCACUGAGCAAGAAUAUUGGGGCAAUGGCACAGUGACUGUCCAGAGCACAUGCUCCUGGGAGGUCCCCGAUGUGACUACUGUGGCCUGCUCUGUCUCCCAUUUGACUGGCAACAGGAGUCUGUGCAUAGAGCUGCUUCCUGGUACCAAAACACUAGCAAAAUUAAAUAUUCUCUGUGUUGUUAUUAUCCUCGUUAUUUUGAUUUUGAUCAUCAUGGGAUCCUUUUGGUUUUUGAAAAUCAGUGGCUGCAGGAAAUAUAAAUUGAAUAAAACAGAAGCUACUCCAGUUUUGAGGAAAGAUGUAAUGAAGUCCUAUGUCAGCUACUCAGAGAAGAGCAAUCCACUCUAUGAUACUGCAAACAAGGUGAAGAUGUUUCAGGCACUACAAAGUUGA